AUGGCAGAUAUUUCCAUUCUCCUCGAUACCCUCCGGGUCCUUGACACGACAAUUAAUGUCGAGACAAUCAUUACUGAGUUUCAUGCCCUAAGCGAAGCUGACAAGGAUGAUCGCCGCCUAUCGACAGCCAAGAAGAUCUUCCCUCUUAUCUUUGGCGAUAAUGCCAGUGUACAGGGUGAUAUCGAUUUCUCCGAGCGGACCAAAACCACCUGGUCAACAAGCUGCGAACUAUCCCCAGGCAUUUUCAUCUCACCAGAAACCCCGCAGGAUGUAGGCAGGAUCCUUGCCCUCUGUCAAUUCCUCGGGCUCAAGUUCUCCGUCCGUGGUGGUGGCCAUCUGCACAACCCUGGUUUCUCAAGUAACGAUGGCGGGGUAGUUAUAUCUAUGAAGAAUCUCAACGCCGUUACAGUCUCUGAGGACAAAUUGACAGUCGAUAUUGGCGUGGGCCUUGUCUGGAUUGACGUCUACAAGGCCCUUGAGGAACAUGAUAUCGCAGUCAUUGGGGGUCGUCAGCCUGCGAUAGGUGUGGCGGGAUUCCUUCUGGGAGGAGGCCUUUCAUUUCAAAAUAGUGAGCGUGGAUUAAGUUGCCACGGGGUUGUUGAGUUCGAGAUUGUUUUAGCAGACUCGACUGUUGCAAAGGUUAAUGCUACUAACAACAAGGAACUCUUCUGGGCUCUGAAAGGCGGAGGCUCUAAUUUCGGUAUUGUGACAAAGGUCACUAUGUCGGCAAUCUCCAACAAAGUGUGGUGUGAAGGUCGAGUUUACGCGCCCAAAGAAAACAAGAAGAUUUGCGAAGCUAUCAUGGAGUACCACAAGGCAAGCGAAAAGGACUCAAAAGCAACUCUCAUCUGGCACACGGUCGAGGAAGCCACCACGCUGAUUCUGGUCUAUGCCGACCCUGUCGAGGAGCAACCCGCUAUUUUCAAUGUCUUUGAUGAAAUUGAGCCUUUGGUCAGCAUGGUUCCUCCUAAAAUCUACAGUAUUCUCGAGAUUGUCUCAAUCUUCGACGAACUCACUGUAACCGAACCAAAGAGCCAUGACAUACGAAUUAUGACAAGUAUGCCCGAUCUGGAAUUGUACAAUGCUGUGGAAGAAUGCCGUCUACAGCAAAUAGAUGCCCUUAAAGAUGUUCCCGGGGCGCGUGUCACUCUGACCAUACAGCCGAUGUCACCCAGCGCUUUCACAGCCGGCGUUAACCAGGGAGGUGAUCCUCUUGGUCUCACAGCCCAGUCACAACAAUGGCUCGUGGUCCUGAUGGACUGGUCAAAUCCAGAGGAUGACGCCGUUGUGCUAGAAGCCAGCCGCAAGAUCGUGGAUCUUGCCGAGAGCGUGGCACGGAAGAACGGAACCUAUCUUGAUUUCAAGUAUUCGAACUAUUGCUCGCGGGACCAGGAUCCACUCGCUUCUUAUGGCGCUGAGAACGUGAGAAAGCUAAGAUCUAUCGCCGAUGCGGUUGACCCACGGGGUGUAUUCCAAAAGCUGCAAAACGAUGGAUGGCUGCUAUCGAAGACGGUCUAA